CUCUGAAACGCCUCCGCCGCUUUCCCCACCCCACCCAUCAUGCACCGCGGCAUGACUGAGGAAAGAUGGCGGAAGGAGGAGCGGCCGAUCUGGAAACCCAGAGAGGAGAGGUCGCGGCACUGAUGAAAACGCCACUAAAAAAGGGCGACACUUGGUACCUGAUAGACAGUCACUGGUUCAAACAGUGGAAGAAAUAUGUGGGAUUUGACAGUUGGGACAAAUAUCAAAUGGGAGACCAGAAUGUCUACCCUGGACCGGUUGAUAACGCCGGUCUUCUCCGAGAUAGGGAUGUUCUGGCUAUCAAGGAGCACCUCAUCGAUGAGCUUCACUACAUCUUGGUUCCCACGGAGGGCUGGAAUAAGCUGGUCAGCUGGUACGGGCUGACGGAGAGUCAAGAGCCAAUUGCGCGCAAGGUGGUGGAGCAAGGUAUGUUUGUGAAGUACUACAAGGUGGAGGUGUACCUGACGGAGCUGAAUCUCUGCGAUGACAGCAACAUGGAUAACGUGAUCACCAGGCGCUUUAGCAAGGCCGACACCAUCGACCUAAUAGAGAAAGAAAUGCGAAAGGUCUUCAGCAUCCCCGAAGAGAAGGAAACCAGACUUUGGAACCGCUACUUGAGCAACACCUUUGAGCCUCUCAACAAGCCCGACAGCACCAUCCAAGAUGCUGGCCUCUACCAAGGACAGGUUCUCGUCAUCGAGCAGAAGAACGAAGACGGCUCGUGGCCCCGAGGCUCGGACGCAUCCAAGUCAUCCGGCGCUUCCAAUCUCUCUGCUUUGCCAAAGAUCUCGCCUUCAUCUCUUGCGAACAAUCAUAAUGGCAGCUUCAUCGGCAGGAACGCCAAGAAUUCAACCUUUAGCCUGCCGUCCUACCACAGCUACAGCAACAGUUACGACUACUCGGAGCAAAGUCGCCCGAGCGAGCACGCGGGCCUGUGCGGACUGUCGAACCUCGGCAACACUUGCUUCAUGAACUCCGCCGUGCAGUGUUUGAGCAAUAUCCCCCCCCUGACGGACUACUUCGUCAAAGACAAGUACACGAGUGAGCUGAACGAGGACAACCCGCUGGGCAUGAAGGGGGAGAUUGCCAGAGCCUACGCCGAGCUUAUAAAGCAACUGUGGUCCUGCAAAUACCGCUACGUUACGCCAAGGCCUUUCAAGGUUGAACCACACACACACACACACACACACACAUGCGCAAUAAAAAAAGAAAAAGAGCAUUGCUGUUUUUUUUUUUUUUUUUUUUUUUGGGGUGUGUACUACUUGACAUUGGUUUCCCGAACCUCGCGACAGACCGAAGUGGGCCGCUUUGCCCCUCAAUUCUCAGGCUACCAGCAGCAGGAUUCUCACGAGCUGCUGGCCUUUCUCCUGGACGGCCUUCACGAGGACUUGAACCGCAUCAGGAAGAAGCCGUACAUCCAGCUCAAGGAUGCCAACGGCCGGCCCGAUAAGGUGGUGGCCGAGGAGGCUUGGGAGAACCACAUCAAGAGGAACGACUCCAUAAUCGUGGACAUCUUUCAUGGGCUUUUUAAGUCCACCUUGGUUUGUCCUGUGUGCUCCAAGGUUUCCGUGACCUUUGACCCUUUCUGUUACUUGACGCUGCCUCUCCCCAUGAAGAAAGAGCGCACACUGGAGGUUUAUCUAGUCAGACUGGAUCCUCUGGCCAAACCCACACAGUACAAACUGACCGUGCCAAAGGUGGGCUACAUCUCUGACCUGUGUACCUCCCUCUCCACUUUGUCCGGGGUGCCCGCUGAGAAGAUGAUCGUAACGGACAUCUACAGACACCGUUUCCACCGGAUCUUUGCCACCAACGACAACCUGACCAGCAUCAUGGAGAGCGACGAUAUCUACGCGUUUGAAGUGGCCGUCAACAGAGCGGAGGACACGGAGCACGUCGUGAUUCCCGUGCACCUGAAGGAAAAACAGUCGGGAUACAACCAGAGCAACUCGCCACUGUUCGGGCAGCCUUUCCUCAUCGCCGUGCCCAGGACGCUCAACGAGGACAAACUCUACAACAUGCUGCUCCUGCGCCUUUGCCGCUUUGUGAGAUCCACUCUGGCGGAGGAUGACCGCGACUGCGGAGACGCCCGGUCAAGCAAACCACACGCGGUCAACGGCAACGCUAGCAACGGCGUAUUGGAGGAGGGGUCGCCGAGCGCGAUGGAAACCGACGAGCAGGACGACGAGUCCAGUCAGGAUCAAGAGCUGCCCUCCGAGAACGAGCACAGCCAAUCCGAGGACUCGGUGGGCGGGGACAACGAGCUGGAGAACGGCACGGCGGCCCCGCGGAACUCCGCCGAAGGCCAGCGGAGCGCCGGGCGCGGCAAAAAGAGACUCUUCACCUUCCAGCUCAACAACGCGGAAAAGACGGCGGACUUGUCGCUCGCCAAGGAGGACGGCGGGCAGAUCCGCUUCGAUGACGGACACUUGCGGCUCAAUGAACGGUCUUAUCUCUCUUUGGAUUGGGAACCCGAGAUGAAGAAAAAGUACUUUGACAGCAUGGCUGUUGAGGACUUUGACAGGCACGAGAGCAUGGAGUCCAAACCCCAGAAGAAGGCCUACUUCAAGCUCAAGGACUGCAUCGAACUGUUCACCACCAAGGAGAAGCUGGGAGCCGAGGACCCUUGGUACUGCCCCAACUGUAAGCGGCACCAGCAGGCCACCAAGAAGCUGGACUUGUGGUCUCUGCCUCCAGUGCUUGUGGUCCAUCUGAAAAGGUUCUCCUACAGUCGCUACAUGAGGGAUAAGCUGGACUCCCUCGUCGACUUCCCGCUCAGCGAUCUGGACAUGUCGGAGUUCCUGAUUAACCCCAACAGCGGACCGUGUCGCUACGACCUCAUCGCCGUGUCCAACCACUACGGCGGCAUGGGCGGGGGCCACUAUACGGCUUACGCCAAGAACGCGGAUGAUGGAAAGUGGUACAACUUUGACGACAGCAGCGUGUCGCCCACCGGCGAGAAUCAAAUCGUGUCCAAAGCGGGCUACGUGCUCUUCUACCAGCGCCAGGAUACCGUCAAAGGCACCGGCUACUUUGCUCUUGACCGGGAGGAGGAAGAAGAAGAAGAGGAGGAGGAGGAGGAUGAUGAUGAAGAAGAGGAGGAAGAAGUGGAGGCCGAUGAGGAGAAUGAAGCGAGACGCAGCACUUCCUCAGUUCGGGGCGCAGCCUCUCCCGCCGCCACCGUAGCGAGCGACGACCCCAACGAAAACCGGUGCGGUAAGAGCGACGACGAGUCGGAAAACGAGGAGGGAGAGGAAGCGGCCGGUCGGGACGUUACCAUGAGCACCAACUGACGAGCGAUGUCGCAAACGAUCGCAGCGAGCGAGCGAGAAGAGCCGAGAGAGAUGGGAAUCUGUCCCAUCCAAAGCCAUAUGGACGCGCGGCGUGGCAAGCCGGCGCCAUCGGGGGGGGGGCCCACCCAGGUGGGGGCCAAAGUCGGCGCGGCGUUGGCGGUACGCUGAGAAUUCGGAGCCCUGGUUUGUGGCCGAAUCACUGUUUGUGUGUGUGCGCGUGAGUGCGUGUCACCUGUUGCUUUUUGUGUGUAUCACGAGGAGUUUGCGGCCGUUUGGAUUCGGAUUCCCACGGCGAGCGUUUUAUAUCUCGGAGAGACUUCGAGUUACGAUUUUAGUAUGUUUAGUUUGUACAUAUUUUUAAAAACACUCGGCGCUCUGUUGUCAUUCUGCGCUGAGGCAUCUUGUACUUGCACAGUCACCAACGAUACGCUUUUUUUUUUUUUAAUUUAAUAUUGCCAAACACUGCAGUUGUUCAGAGAUGAAUGUGAAGUGACUUUUCUCUGAUGAACCCCAACAUGUCUGCCUUGGUCACACAUCUCAAGUCUGGACGCUUCUUGGAUUUUUUUUAUUUAGUAAAAAAAAAAAAAAUUAAUCAUAAAAUGCCAAACUUGUGAAGAGCUUUGGUCUGCUGCUCUUUUGCUGUGACCUUGGUUUCAUGUCCAGCUUUCUUUGGCGCCCCCUGUUGGCCGAUUAUCACCUCCUCCCAUCUUUUGUGCUCAAUUAAGACCUUCCAAAAUGAGGUGCCACAAUACCUCCAAAUCAUCAAGAAGCGGUGUCUUUAAUAGCCCGCUCUGCAUUUUAGCGUGAGCUCCAUCUUCUUCGAUCAUGACAAAAGUGUGUACUCAGCCUUAAAUCUUAAAUCUCACACACUUCCCCGCCCGCCUGCCCCGUUUUUUAUUUUUAUUUUUUGCAUGGGCCCUUUAAACACACUUGAAUGUCAACAUAGUUUAAGGUCUGUUUGUCAUGUCCCGGCCAUAUUUUCUCCUUUGUUAUUUAACUUUAUUUUUUUUAAUGUAAUCCACAGGAGGGCCAGAAUGUAUGCACAGUGAGCACUGACCACACGUACAGUAUGUGAUUGCCUUUUUUUUUUUUUUAAACCUCUCUAGAUUUUCAAAAGGGCCACCUUUUUGGUUUUUUUUUUCUUUUCUGGUUUGAUUCGAUGUGAGGGUGACGGCUUCUCCCGCCUUAGUUGAGCUUUGAGGGUGAGUUUGGGGUUAAAAAGACCCUUUCAGCAUUCGGAAUCAUGAUCAAGUUGAGUUCUUUUGUGGGAGAUUGUUGCAGGAUAUUCCUCCACCGGCGAUGGAUUUAUUCUCCAUGGUGGAGUGUGGCUAUUUUUUUUUUUUUCUCAGCUGACGACCCUUUACUUUUUUUUUUUUAAAGCAUCUCCGUGCUUCGAACCUUGCUUUUCAAAAGAGACCCCUGCAAUGGACUUGUACUGUACAUAAGAGUUCACUCUAUGAGUGCAGAUUUGAUAAAGUUUAUUUAUAUGUAAGGAUUUAAGAAGGAAGCAUAUUUAAAAUCCUGGCAAGAUUGGGAACGGACACGGUGAGCUGGUGGUGCCUGUGCUCUUGUCAGGGAGGGAUUUCUUUUUCUUUUUUAAAUAAAAGGAUAGCUUUGUUGUUUUGGGGGACUUUGUUUUGUACAAAAGAAAUAAUCCAGUCAUCCGUUGCAUGAUAAGGGGUUUCCAGGUUUGGCUGCACUUGAGUUCACUUGGGUUUACAUUUUUUGAAAUGUGCACGUGUAUUUAUACACAAUCUUCAAUAAAGUUGUGCAAAGUUUUCCAGGGCCUUUUCUUCACCUGUCCGCGGGACGUGUCUGGCGUGUGUGCAAGUGGCAAAAAAAGAAUCGCAGACGGACCGUCGUUUACUGCUGGUUUAAAAGUAAGGCAAGGAAACCUUUUUUUGUUUUUUUAAAUUCAUACCACCCCUCGCAAAACAAUAGCAUUGCACAAUUAAAAUGUAUUAUUUUGGGGUUACUUAUGGAGGAACCUUAUACAAAAGGUACAGUCGACAUUCACAAAGCAGGAAAAUCACGACGCCACUUCAAUCCCCACUUGUGGCCUUUUUUUUUUUUUUGUUGCUAGAAGUAGAAUCCCUGCCCAAAAAAAAAAGCAUUUA